AUUGCUUCAAUGACUCCCUUUAGAAUGGAAAUUCCGGAAACAGAGACACUGUCAAGGAAAAUGAUCUGGCCAGAUGUGAACCAAGAACUCCAUUCAAGAUGUAUGCCUGCAAAUGAACAGAAGCACUACAUCACUCAAAGUCUUCAUAACUUGAAGUCCAUGGGACCGAGACUGCCGUCAGAGUGCUCUGCUGAGGCGAUGAGCAUACGGAUAAAAAAACGUCCGAAGAUCGUAAGACAGGUAUCUUUCGAACAAGCAAUCAGACUAUCGAGCGAACUCUUCUCCGAAGAUUUGCAUUUGGUCAAGUGGAACCAGUCCAGUCUGGAAAAUCUCCAGCAACUCCUUGGUCGUCAAAAAGUCAUGUAUUCGCAUUGUCUGAAGAACUCGACCCUCAAAAAAACAAAGAGGAAGACAAAGACAAUGGAAUAUUACUUCAAAAACCUGAGAGACUUUUUAUCAAAAGAAAAUCACAGCCUUUGCGCCUGGGAAGUUGUAAGAGCUGAGAUUCAGAGCAUCUUUGAAAAAUUCAGAAGGAACUCUGAAUUUAAUGUCAACGUGAAGAAUCGGAGAAAUGACUGAAGACAACCCGAUCUAUAUUUAGAUAUUUAUAUAUCAUUGAAUUGUAUAAAUUCAGUUAUAAGCUAUAUUUAUUCUCAUUAUUUAUUAGACGUAUAUCUAUUUUUAUUUGCAUUCUUCUGUAAUAUUGUAAUAUUGUUUUUUAAAGCUGAUAUUACGUCAGACGGGUCAAUGAAGUUUGUCUUACUGUGUUUUUUUGUGUGCGACUGUAUUUUAUUAGCCUU